UUUUACUAUCAUUGUCUACAAACUGUUAAAUCAAUACAGAGCAACACCGAGGUUCACAUUCAGUGUCCUCAUUAACCAUCAGUGAAAAUGUCUUUGUGACUCGACGCAAGAGAUUGUGCACACACAGUGCAUAAGGACAUUGGACCAUAUCAAACUUCAUAUACAAGGCAGGAUAUCACAUUAUUGGAAUCUUAUGCUGUAACAAGCCUAUAAGUCAUAGGCUCAUCUCAUAAGUUAUCAUAAACUAUCGUAUUGAUUCUUGCAUUUAUCGGAUAAUCUCAAUCAAAAACACAGAAGUAAACUUGGUUAUUGGAAAUUACAUAGAUAGAAUUUUUUAAUAAAUUCUAAUUUAAAGUCGUUAAUCCUCGACGAUGGCGGAUGUUGAUCCAGACACUUUGCUGGAAUGGCUUCAGAUGGGAUUAGGAGAGGAACGUGAUAUGCAACUAAUUGCAUUAGAACAACUAUGCAUGCUUCUACUUAUGUCUGAUAAUGUGGACAGAUGCUUCGAAAUGUGUCCACCACGAAGCUUUCUUCCCGCUCUUUGUAAAAUAUUCCUGGACGAGACAGCGCCGGACAAUGUACUGGAAGUGACAGCUCGUGCUGUGACGUAUUAUCUUGAUGUUUCUGCCGAAUGCACUCGCAGAAUUGUUGCAGUUGAUGGAGCUGUCAAAGCGAUCUGUAACAGACUUGUUCUUGUUAACCCACAGGAUAGGACAAGCAAAGACCUCUCUGAACAGUGUGUUAAGGUUCUUGAAUUCAUUUGUACGAGGGAACCAGGUGCAGUAUUCGAUGCUGGUGGUCUUACUUCAACUCUUAUCUUCAUUUGCCAAUGUGAUACAAUUAUACAUAAGGACACACUUCAUUCAGCAAUGUCUGUGGUGACACGAUUAUGUGGAAAAGUGGAACCAACCAGCGAAACACUACCAGGAAGCGUUCAAUCACUUUCCGCUCUGCUGCAUUCAGAAGAUCCUUCCGUGUCAGACGGAGCUUUGAGGUGUUUCGCUACUCUCGCAGACAGAUUUACUAGAAAAAGCAUCGAUCCUGCACCACUUGAUGCUCAUGGACUCACCAAAGAACUUAUUAAACGAUUGGCAAAUUGUGGAAGUGCAAGAGCACCAGUGAAUAACAAGCCAGGGGCAGCAGGAGCGACACCAGGAUCAACCCCAGAUCAGAAACAUAACUUUGGAAUUACCACCAUCAUUAGUUUGCUGAUAACACUAUGCAGAGGAUCAUCAUCUAUUACCCAUGAAUUACUCAGAUCUGAUCUUCCAACUGCAAUUGAAGAAGCGAUGAAAGGGGAUGAGAGAUGCUGCCUUGACACGAUGCGACUCGCAGACCUCAUUUUAAUUGUUUUAUUUGAGGGUCGUGAUGCAAUACCAAAGCAUGGAAUGGCUGUUGGUGCCGGACGUAAUUUAGCGUUUCACAGAUUUGAAGGUUUCGGGGGUGAAAGGUCACAUAGACAACUGAUCGAUUGUAUCAGAAGUAAAGAUACAGACACGCUUAUUGAUGCCAUUGACACUGGAGCGUUUGAAGUCAAUUUCAUGGAUGAUGUCGGACAAACUCUUCUGAAUUGGGCAUCUGCUUUUGGGACACAAGAAAUGGUUGAAUUCCUAUGCGGUCACGGUGCAGAUGUUAAUCGCGGUCAACGUUCAUCGUCCUUGCACUACGCAGCAUGUUUCGGGCGACCUAAUGUUGUUAAAACUCUCCUUCGGCAUGGAGCGAAUGCUACAUUGCGAGAUGAGGAGGGGAAAACCCCUUUAGAAAAAGCUAAAGAGAGAAAUGAUGAAGGACAUAGGGAAGUUGUGAAAAUACUGGAGUCUCCAGAAAAAUAUGUCACGCCAGAAACAGACAAGAACAAAUCAAAGGCAGAAAAGCCGUCUAAAAAGAAAGCGGAACCGAAGGAACCACCUGUUGAAAAAGAAAAAGGAGAUCCGGAGAUGUCACCAAUAUAUCUUAGCAAAAUGCUUCCGAUCUUCAUAAGCACUUAUCAAAGAGCUGUUUCAACAAACGUUCGAAAACUCUCUCUCGCCCUCGUGAGAAAAAUGACUCUCUACUCUUCGCCGGAUCAUUUGAAAGAUGUUUCGAAGUUAAACGGAGUUCAGGAAGGGUUUGCUGAUGUUGUAUCCACAGCUCUGGAUCAAGAGGAUGAUGAAGAAAGCCAUUAUUCAAGCCUACAGAUUGUUAAAAACCUGAUGGAUAAAAGUCGAGAUCAUUUCAUCAACUGUCUCUCACGAGACUGGGUCGUCAAUAAGAUAGAAAACAUCGGGGAAUGCGGUAAACAAGAAAACAUGGAAAUUGGAGAAAACUUUGAUGAGGAUGCAACUAAAAAGGGGGCAGUCGGGGGCCAAAUUACCACCCCAACUGAGGAAGUAAAUUCACAAUCAAAAUCUGGCACGAUUGAUGACGUACCAGACUCGAAAACACCAUCAGAUUCCCAAAAAGUUGAAGUUAAAGUCUUAGCUGAAGCGACAUCAAUCGCACCGAAAGUCGUUUAUAACUGGCAAGGGAAAUGGACUUUAGUUCGUGGCCGAGAUGGAAUGUACCUGUGGAGUGAUUCGGUUGCGAUCGAACUCUCAAAUGGAAGUAAUGGAUGGUUCAGAUACAUCUUGAAUGGCAAGUUAUCAACUAUGUACUCAAGUGGGAGCCCUGAGGGUGGAGCCGACAGUUCAGACAGCAAAGUGGAAUUUCUAGACAAGCUACAGAGAGCACAUGCUGAAGCUGUAUCAAGCCAAGAAGGCCUUGUAUUGCAACCGAUUUUCACCAAACAUGGCCGACCUAAAAUAGUUGUUGGUAACUGGUCAAUGUGCAGCAAUAAUCAAGGAGAAUUAACAAUAAGCAACAUUGAUGGACAUCAGGCAACAAUACUGAGCGAAUCAGUGAGUGGAUUUACGUUCGAAUCAAACAGAGGAACGAAGCAUAAUUUUGAACCUGAUUCGAAAGCCACGGUCGACUUCACAACAGGCGUUGUCAGCAGACCAUCUUCUGCUCAAGGAAGCGUGAAAAAUAAAGAGAGUGAUAUGAAGAUGAAAAUCAGGGGUUUGGCAAAAGAAUUGUAUGAAGCACAUUUCAAAACAGUGAAUGACACACCUCGUGGCGUGGUUACUCAACUGAAGGCUUUGGCAGAGAAGAUCAAUGAGGCCAAUACUGCAGAAUGCGCAAACUGGCAAGAACAACUAUCAACAUCAUUACAAGAUCUGGCAACCCUGCUUACUGAUGACAAGACCAUAUCUCCAUAUGAAAUGUACAGUAGUGAUAUGAUACAAGCUUUACUGGGAUGUCUUGUUUGCAAGACUGCUAACUCAGAAGACUCUGUGACACGCAUCAAGUUAUUCCACAAGCAUUUGUUAAGCGGACCGAACUCAUCGGGAAAAAUAUUGAUCAAGAAAUUAGUUGCUGUGCUGGAAUCAACUGAAAGAUUUCCUCUCUACAUUUAUGAAACGCCGGGCAGUCUUUCUGGCGGGCUUCACCUACUCAACCGCAAAUUACGCUUCAAACUUGAGAAAGCUCCUAGUGGCGGGAGUCCAUUGACUCCAACCACCUCUUCAGCGUCAAUACAGAAUGAAAACGAAGAUAACAACAAAGUUGCUGACAAAUCUGGACUGAUCAAUUAUACUGGACGAAGUUUCAGAAUGGAACCUCUUUCUACUGUUGAAGACUUGGAAAAAUUUCUGCUGAAAAUGGUAUCAAAACAAUGGUAUGAUUAUGACAGCUCUAUGCAUGCCUAUUUGAAGAAAUCCAAGGAAUCGUCGCCGAUAAUUUUCCAUCACGAAACGGAUUUUGAUGAAAAUGGAAUUAUUUAUUGGAUCGGAACCAAUGGAAGGUCUGCAUAUGAAUGGGUGAAUCCGGCAGUUCACAAUUUAGUUUACAUCACCUCAUCAGAAGGACGUGGGUUGCCGUACGGUAGAUUGGAAGAUGUGUUGAGUAGAGAUCCUGCUCCUCUCAACUGUCAUACUAGUGAUAGCAAGAAAGCUUGGAUCUGUAUUGAUUUUGGAUUAUGGAUUAUACCUUCUGCAUACACACUCCGCCACUCUCGAGGUUACGAGAAAUCUGCUCUCAGGAACUGGUUGUUCCAGGCUUCUAAAGACGGACAAACUUGGAUCACUCUGUAUAAUCACAGCAAUGAUACUUCACUGAAUGAACCAGGCUCUACAGCAACUUGGAACAUUAUAUCUCACUCUGGUGAAAAGCAAGGAUGGCGUCAUUUUCGUUUGCAACAAAGCGGCCGAACAGCAAGUAAACAAACUCAUUACUUAUCCAUGUCUGGGUUUGAGGUUUAUGGAACUGUAACUGGAGCUUGUGAAGAUAGACCGGGAUCAAGCUACAGAAAAUUAAGAAAACAGUUGAAGACACAGUCUCAAAAACAAAUGGUGGCCGGAGCUCGAGUAAUCAGAGGACCAGAUUGGAAGUGGAGAGAUCAGGAUGGACAUAGAGAAGGAACAGUGGAUGGCACUAUCACUAAUGGAUGGGUAGAUGUCUCCUGGGACAAGGGAGGUUCUAAUUCCUACCGCAUGGGUGCUGAAGGAAAAUACGAUUUAACAUUAGCGCCAUCUAGCGAAGGAGCGGUUGCAUCAUCCACUUCAUCAACGAAAUCUUCCACUAGCAGCGAAGGGGGUAAAUCCCCAGAGGUCACGACCCCACCUGUCUCCAGACGAAGCACUUUCUCAGUUUUGAAUAGAAGUAAUAAGUUGGCAUCUAACAGCAGACAUAAUUGGUUUUCUCGCAAGAAAUCUGAAGGAUACGUUACAACAUUUGGAUCAAAUUUUUCAAAUUCUUCAUCAUCAUCAAAUAAUGACAACAGCAGGAAUGCUUCUAACAAGUUUCGUUCGCUGAUGUCAGGUGUAACUGGCAAAGGAGGCGUAAGAGAUGAAUUCAGCAGGAGAUCUAUGUUAUCAGCUAUGCUGGCGAGUCAGAAACAUGCAAACAACGGAAGCAACAGGACUAAAAAGUUGGGAAAUGGAUCGGCGUCAAGUUCAAAAACUCCUACUUCAGUAUCUAACGCUGCUAGAGCUUUUGGAAGAGCUCAGAAGACGUUUUUCUCUGAAUUCAUGAAAUCGAUGGACACAACUCCGAAUAACAACCGCGACAAUCGAGAAGUUUCAGCGGAAUUUGACGAAAGUAAAGGUCAAUGGGUCGUAGUGGAAGAACCUGUUGUUAAAACAAAAGUUUCUCCCCCUGGGGAGGACGAAGAUGUGCCCCAACAGGGCUCAUCGUCGUCAUCGUGUGUUGGAAAUGAUGAUGAUGAGAUGGAUAUUGAUUUAGACAUGGCAAGUGGAGUGUUGGCUUCGAGUGAGACGAGCGAUAAGUCAAAGAGUGGGAGCAGAGUGGGAGGAGACGAUGAAGAUGAGGAGGAUUUAUUGGAAGGAAGAACGUGCAGACUCGGCCAUAGAAAAGGCUCAGAAAGCAAUCAUGCACGACGGCGCAGAGCUAGACGUUUUUUCCGAGCCGUCACAGGAAACAAUAAUCCAACUGACCGUGAAGUAAUGUCUCCGAGACGCACUCGAUCGUACGAUGUGACUCCAGUUACUGGAGAAACUCCAACAGACAGACUCUGGAGAUGUGUGGACAUGACUGAUCCUCCGAACCAGGGGGAUAAAAACGAAAAUAAAGACAGAAAAGGAGACAGCAAAGAUAAAACAAGCUCUACUAAUAAGAAAUCUCCUUCCACACCUCCAUCAACAAGCGAUGCAACAUCAUCCAGUACAACACCGGUUGCUUCUUCCAAUCCCAACUCCGAAUGGUUCAUGGAACUCGAUGUUCUACAAAUGCUUGUACAACAGGGUGAACAAGCCAUUGCAAAUCUGACAAAUUCACUCUCCAAUGCGCAAUCACAUAGCGUACCGUCUGUGCCAUCAAAUUCAGCCACUAGUAGUGCUGGAGAUACUCCUCCUCAGUCCGGAUUACCACGGCAACCAAAUCUAGCUCUUCCGACCGCACCAUCUACGAAGAGUGUAUCACUGGAAUCGGUCUCUGGGCCCAAAGAAAGUUCAAAGGGUCAUGGAAGCAGGCCAUCUAGUGGAAACACAUCUGCUUCAGGAAAAAGUUCUUCAAACGCUGCUAACACUGCGCAAAACCAUUUAUUGCCUUCACCUGGAGAACCGGUCAGUGCCAGCGUCAGCGUUCCUAAUUUAUCAUCUGAAGACGCUUCUAAGUUGAUGGAUAGUUUUGUAAGAAGCAUAACCCGAGCUCCUGCUGUUGAGAAUGUAAACAUGAGCCAGAGUGAAGAGGAUACUUGCGGUCUUGGACUUGAGGCAGAUUUGUCUGGAGGACAAAACCCUCUGACUGCGGCACAGAGUGAACCAAACUUAUCCACAUCAUGCACUGGCACAACAACUGCAACAACUACAGUAUCUGGCAACCCUGUUUUGCAAGCCAUCAGUCAAGCACUCGCUACUAGUCUUCCUUCUACUUCAAGCGACAGUGACCCAGAUCUUCUUAGAUGCCUCACAGAGCAGCAAACACCGUCAAGUCUUCUCGCGGAAUUGGAAGACGAAACAAUGAUUGAUGACACGAACGCAAGUGAUGAUGACGAUGAUGAUGAUUUUGAAGAUAUCAUGAUGCAAGAUGAUGACGACGACGAUGAUGAUGAUGACGACGACAGUGACUCAUCACCUUCAGGAGGAAGCGCUGAGUCAUACUUAGUGUAUGGAACUCCGAAUCAGCUCAGCGGGAAAGAUAAUUCUCGAGUCUGGGACGACGGGCAUGUUGUAAAAAGAAGACUUCCAUCCCUAAUUCCUGCCUUCGAUCCGAGACCUGGGAGAAUGAAUCUACAACAGACUAUCGAUCUGACAAUUCCUCCACCAGGUACUCCACAAUCAGAGCUACGCCGAGAAAAAGAGAGUUCCAGCAACACAGAAGGUGUCAAGAUGAAAUUGUAUCUCCGAGCUUCUGCUACCACCGGAGGGUCUCAAGAGAAAGUAGUAGAAGUGCCAAUUUCGAAUGAAAAAGAUGAAGAAUUAGUGGAAGCGAGAAACGUAGAUCAAACCAUCUUUAACUGUGUACAGAGACUUAAUCUUCUUCUACCUGGAGCAAAUAAUCAAAAUAAAAUGAAGAAAAUUUGGGAUCCGACUUACACUGUGGUUUAUAAAGAAGUCGAAGAAGAUGAAAUCAUAACAGCAAAUGAAGAGAAAGCAAACUUAACAAACCAAUCUCAAACAACAUUGAGCAACUUGGAUGAGAUUCUGCAAUUACUUAAAAUUGUUUAUGACAUCAUAGAAGAUGGGGAAGAAGAAAAUCAAGACCAUGACAAACCCCAAACCGAAUUUCUCAGCAAUUCUGAUUUUGUCAGCAAAAAAAUUAGUACGAAGUUGUUGCAACAAACAGAGGACUCCCUCAGUCUUGUCUGUGGAUCCCUUCCUGAAUGGUGCCAUCUACUGGCUCUACAUUGUCCAUUCUUGUUUCCACACGAUGUCAGGGUUCGAUAUUUUUCAAGCACAGCUUUUGGUACAGCAAGAUCUAUUGUAUGGCUCCAAAAUCGCACAGAAUCACAACUUGAACAAUUUACGCAUCACCAUACUCACUCAAGCGUGACUGCAUUGGCAGCCGCAGCAUCUGCAGCAAGACGAGACGAUGCCCAUGAAUUGUUACUCGGUCGACUGCGACAUGAUAGAGUCACUGUACCAAGAGACGAAUCGAAGUUAUUGGACUGGGCGGUCAACGUUAUAACUGUUCAUUCAGAUAGAAAAUCAGUUUUAGAGGUUGAAUUUGCUGGAGAGGAAGGUACAGGACUUGGUCCAACAUUAGAGUUUUAUGCGUUGGUUGCUGCAGAACUACAGAGAAGCAAUCUUGGAAUAUGGCUUGUUGAUGAUAUCCUUGUGGAAGAAGUACAAAGAGAGGUUGAUAUUGGCGAAGGUGUAAAACCAGUUGGGCAUUAUGUACAACGAUCAUGCGGUUUGUUUCCUGCACCAUUGCCACAAGAGGGUGAUAAUGAGCCUCUCAAAUCUGUUGUCGAAUUGUUCAAAUUCUUGGGAGCUUUCUUGGCUAAAUGCUUGCAGGACGGUCGUUUGGUUGAUCUUCCUCUGUCAGAAGCUUUCCUGAAGAUAAUGUGUAGUGGGGGAUCGAACAAGAACAACACAGGAAAAAUGUUCAGUGCUGAAGAUAAAAACACAGAAUCUGAAUCGACAAUUUCCAUGAAUCAAGAAUUCUAUUUGAAACCACCGAAAGAACCUGCACCAAGUUACUAUGAUGGGAUUUUGAAAUUGAAAGAUUUGAAGGCACUCGAUCCAUUGAGAUUUCAAUUCUUGCGAAAACUUCUUGAUGUGAGUGACAAACGAGAUGCAAUCAUGCAUGACACUAGUCUCAAACCAGCAGAGCGAGAUCGCAAAAUAUCUGAACUUCAACUAACAAUAAACAACGUCAGUUGUUCCAUAAGUGACCUUGGGUUGACUUUCCAAUAUCUUCCGUCUUCGAAAGCAUAUAACUACUCCUCACACCCUCUAGUGGAAGAUGGAGAAGAAAUUGUAUUGACUGUUUCAAACGCAAGAAAAUAUGUUGAAAAGACGUUAGAUUUCUGCCUUAAUUCAGGCCUUAGAAAACAAAUGGAUGCUUUUAGAGACGGAUUCAACUCUGUUUUCUCAAUGGAGAAUCUAUCAGUAUUCACUCCCAAUGAACUAAGGAAUUUACUUUGCGGAGAACAACACCCACAAUGGACUAAGGAUGAUGUCAUAUCGUACACUCAACCAAAACUUGGAUUCACAAGAGAAAGUCCUGGCUUCAAGAAAUUUGUGAACGUCAUUUGCUCAAUGAAUGGUGACGAGAGAAAAGCUUUCUUGCAGUUUGCUACUGGCUGCUCUUCACUACCACCUGGUGGCCUUGCAAACCUCAACCCAAGACUAACGAUCGUCAGAAAGGUUGAGGCCACAGAUACCAGUUAUCCAUCUGUGAAUACAUGCGUUCAUUAUUUGAAGUUGCCAGAUUAUUCUACCGAGGAAAUUAUGAGAGAGAAAUUGAUCGUUGCAACGAAAGCUAAAGGAUUUCAUUUAAAUUAAAACUGUUAUACCAAUCAGGCAAUCACAUCAAAGUAGUUUUUGAAAAAUUAUGUGAACAUUUGCUAAAAGUUGGACUUGAAUUCCAUUUAAAUUGAGUUAUUUUAAAAACGCUGGAACAGGAUGUUUUCAAUAAUCAAAUUAAAAGUAGUCCCAAUCUAAAUUAAUGCUUUGUUAUCAAGUCUUAAGCAGAUUUAUCCACUAAAACCGGUUACAUCCAGAUAGAACUCUCUCCUAAAACCGGUUACAUCCUGUUGAAACUCUCUUUUAAAAGUGGUUACUUCCGGUUGAAUCUCUGCUUAAACCGGUUACAUCCAGUUGAAACUCUCUAUAUAUAAACCAGUUACGUCCGGUUGAUACUGGUCAAAUGCAUUCAUAAUUAAAUCUGGACUUGUUAUAUCAUAAUUGAUCACUACUUAUCAUAUUUUAGAGGGAAAAUCCGGAAAUCUAUGAGAUUGACAUAAAUUUAAGAUCGGUUUUUAUUUUCUUUGCUAUCACAAAAUUGUUAUUGAUGCCUGGUGAUUUUAGUUGUAACUGAUUUGUUGAAUGCUAAACUGGUGAUAUUGCUAUUCCCAUAUUCGAACUGAACCCAGUGAAGAGCUGUGGUGCACAAUGAGUAUUGGCUGUCUUAUCUAAGGUACCUUCUCGUAAACGUAAAGAUAAAUUCAAAAAUUCUGUCCCAUCCCAUAAAUUGAUUAGUCUUAUUCAAUUAAUUUAAUCAAAAUAAAUUGUGCAGCAUUUGGUUAGUUUAAACCGGAUAAAACUGGUUUUAGCUGGAUUGAACUGCUCAAGAAUCCUUUGAUAUUAAAUAGUACAAUAUGUUUGUCUUUGGGUUGUUUUCAUUACCUCAUACUCAGCUGAAAGUUAAUUAAUCAUUUGUUAUUUGGACGCUCUAGAAUGUUUUGUUUAAAAAAGUGAUUUUUUGUCCAUGUUAUUGUGCUUGACCUAUAACUUGUUUAUUUGCUUUGUUAACCCUUAUUGUCCCUUGAUGAUUAUAUAAUUUUAAAGGUGUCAGGGGGUUAAAUUUUGCGCUGGUGAAAUUGUGAUGCGAGGCUAGAUCUUCUUCUAUCAAUAAUUUGCCCUUUUUCUUAAACUUAUUUACUUCUGUUGGUGUAAUGCCGAGUUUUUGAGCUUUGGACAAUGUAAGUUUUUGCUGAAGAGUAUGAAUAAUGGUUUGACUAUCAAACUGAACUAUAUGCCUAAAUUAUAUGGUUUCAGUGACAUAUUUACUGGAAAUAACCUGCAUUUCAAGCAGCUUUUAAGCUAUUCGUUGACAAAACACUCUCCAUUUGGAAACCUUGUCAUUUUGCUUAAUGUUUUUUCUUUAAUAAAGUGAAAACAUUUUGCAGAACUAUGAGUUCUUGACUUCAUAAUUUAAAAAUGAAUCUAAAUUUUGAGUUUUGUUUGAUCUCUCCCUGUUUAUAAAAUUUUAAUUGAUGUUUUGUGUUAAAGAAUUGAAGACUAUGCUCAAAUUAUAUCAGUUGAACUAUCUUAAAUAGCUUCUCAUCGCUCAUAGAAUGUUUAUCAUAAAAAUGGAGUCGCUUUGAAGUGUAGUGUGAUUUGUUGAUCUAUUUGAAUCUGUGUUUUCAUUAGUUUGAUGAUUGUAUAUGCUUCUUUCAUGAUUUCUGAUCUAAUGCUUGUUCUAGAUAGCUUGCCAAUUUAGUAUUGUUGAUUAUUAGCUAAUUGGGGGACUUCUGGUAGAAUUCGGAGAGAUGGUUCUUCUUAAUUCACAAUUAAACUCUUAGGAACUCUGGUUUUGCUUAAUUCAAAAUAUUUUGAAAAAAAAUUCAUGUGGAGUCGAGCUGCUAAUUAUACUUUACCCACUUUUUUUUUUGGUCGCAAAGUCCCCCCAAUAUUUACAUUAAUAAUAAUCUUAUGUUUUUGUGUUAUUCUUUAAUCACGUCUCACAAUUUUAUUACUCUUGGUUUUUCUGUAUUAAUAAAUGAAUGCAUUCAAAUAAAAUUUGGUAUGAUUAUUUGGUCUAGGCAACAA